GCGCUAGCCAUUGCCGAAUCCUUCUCUCGCACACUUUCUAGGGCUUUUCGGCUUCGGAUCCCUCUUCGAUCGGGGCCUCGUUUCGUGAGAGGAGAGACGGGAUCUGGUGAUUCCGCCUUGCAUCUGUGGGCUACCGAUCGAUUGGGUAAGGUUCCGCCGCGGAGAUGUUCGGGAGGGCGCCGAAGAAGAGCGACAACACUCGCUACUACGAGACCUUGGGGGUGCCCAAGACCGCAUCUCAGGAUGAUCUGAAGAAGGCCUACCGGAAGGCUGCCAUCAAGAACCACCCCGACAAGGGCGGCGACCCCGAGAAGUUCAAGGAAUUGGCUCAGGCUUAUGAAGUUUUGAGUGAUCCUGAGAAACGUGAGAUCUAUGAUCAAUAUGGUGAAGAUGCUUUAAAAGAGGGAAUGAGUGGUGGAGGCGGGGGGCAUGAUCCAUUUGAUAUAUUCCAGUCCUUCUUUGGUGGCAGUCCCUUUGGAGGAGGAAGCAGCAGAGGACGAAGGCAGAGAAGAGGGGAGGAUGUCAUCCAUCCGCUCAAGGUAUCCUUAGAAGAUCUUUACAAUGGAACCUCGAAGAAAUUGUCACUCUCACGGAAUGUGAUCUGCCGGAAGUGCAACGGCAAGGGUUCGAAAUCUGGCGCUUCCAUGACAUGCUCUGGGUGUCGUGGCUCAGGUAUGAAGGUCAGUAUUCGCCAACUGGGGCCUGGCAUGAUUCAGCAAAUGCAGCAUCCAUGCAGUGAAUGCAAGGGAACUGGUGAGAGGAUCAAUGAGAAGGAUCGCUGCUCAGACUGCAAAGGCGAGAAGGUUGUCCCUGAGAAGAAAGUGCUGGAGGUUGUAGUUGAGAAGGGAAUGCAAAAUGGCCAGAAGAUUUCCUUCCACGGAGAGGCUGACGAAGCUCCUGAUACACUCACAGGAGACAUUGUGUUUGUUCUCCAACAAAAGGAACAUCCCAAAUUCAUGCGAAAGGGCGAAGAUCUCUUUUACGAACAUUCGUUGUCGUUGACCGAGGCUCUUUGUGGUUUCCAGUUUGUUUUGAAUCACCUUGACGGUAGACAGCUACUUAUCAAAUCAAACCCAGGGGAAGUCGUCAAGCCGGAUCAAAACAAGGCAAUAAAUGAUGAGGGCAUGCCGAUCCACCAGAGGCCCUUCAUGAAGGGAAAGCUCUACAUCCACUUCACUGUCGACUUCCCGGAUUCACUGGCACCAGCUCAGUCGAAAGCUCUCGAGGCGGUUCUCCCUCCUAAGCCUGCGUCUCAGUUGAUGGACAUGGAGCUCGACGAAUGCGAGGAGACAAUAUUGCAUGAUGUUAACAUGAAGGAGGAGAUGCGACGGAAGCAAGCGCAAGCGCAAGAAGCUUACGAAGAGGAUGAGGAUGAUCUCCAUGGAGGCGGCCAGAGAGUCCAGUGUGCCCAGCAAUAAACUUGAUUAGCUAUAUAACUUUUAUCGACGUUUGGUUGUGUGCCCAGUAGUAGUAUCAUGGUCAUCCUUUUGAAGUAGUUUAACAAUAAACUUAUCGAUCGAACGAAUUUCAUAUUUGAAUUUUUAUCA